CCAGAAGCUCUGAACUCCAUCUGGAUUCCCCCCAAGUAGGAGCAACCCUGAAGCAUCAUCCACUGACUUGAUUCCAGAAUGCAUUAGCAGGACUUGAUCAGGAGCAAAAUCCCUGGACACAACCAGCACUCUGGCCUGGAAUGUGACUCAUGGAAGCCGAGGCCUAAGAGAAUGCCUGCCACAAGUAUUGUGGUGGAAGCAGAUUAUGGAUAAUAGUCCUUUAUAAUCUGUCGUCAUGGCUACCGAAUGCUGUUCCAAGGCUACUGAUAGUCCUUUUUCAUCAGAUAAACAUGCCCAACUCAUCUUGGCUCAGAUCAAUAGAAUGAGGAACAGACAGAAUUUCUGUGAUGUGCAGCUGCAAGUUGGACAAGAAACUUUUAAAGUUCAUCGGCUGGUUUUGGCUGCCAGUAGUCCUUACUUUGCAGCUUUAUUCACUGGAGGAAUGAAGGAAUCCUCAAAAGAUGUCGUUGAAAUUCUAGGGAUUGAAGCUAGAAUCUUUCAGAUACUUCUAGACUUCAUUUACACAGGUAUCGUGAACAUAGGCGUGAAUAAUGUCCAGGAGUUGAUUGUUGCAGCAGACAUGCUACAAUUGACUGAAGUUGUUCAUCUUUGCUGUGAAUUUUUGAAAGGACAAAUUGAUCCUCUGAACUGCAUUGGGAUCUUUCAGUUCGCUGAGCAAAUUGCCUGCCAUGAUCUUUUGGAAUUCACAGAAAACUAUAUUCAUGUCCAUUUUCUGGAGGUUCAUAAUGGGGAAGAGUUCCUGGCACUUACAAAGGAUCAGCUGAUCAAAAUUUUGCGCAGCGAAGAGCUUAGCAUUGAGGAUGAAUACCAAGUUUUCUUGGCUGCAAUGCAAUGGAUUCUGAAAGAUCUGGGGAACAGAAGAAAGCAUGUGGUGGAAGUGCUAGAUCCAAUUCGAUUUCCUUUAUUACCUCCUCAGAGGCUUUUAAAGUAUAUAGAAGGAGUAUCUGAUUUUAAUCUUCGUGUUGCCUUGCAAACACUUUUGAAAGAGUAUUGUGAGGUGUGCAAAUCUCCCAAAGAGAGCAAGUUUUGUAGUUUUCUACAAACGUGCAAGGUUCGACCUCGAAAGAAAGCAAGAAAGUACCUGUAUGCAGUAGGUGGAUACACUCGGCUCCAGGGUGGUCGUUGGAGCGAUAGCAGAGCCCUCAGCUGUGUAGAACGUUUUGACACCUUUAGCCAGUACUGGACCACUGUGUCUUCACUUCAUCAAGCUCGAAGUGGGCUGGGAGUAGCAGUUCUAGGAGGGAUGGUGUAUGCAAUUGGAGGUGAAAAAGAUUCGAUGAUUUUUGACUGUACUGAAUGCUAUGAUCCAGUUACUAAACAGUGGACAACUGUGGCUUCAAUGAAUCACCCUCGCUGUGGUUUGGGAGUGUGUGUAUGUUAUGGGGGUAUCUAUGCAUUAGGUGGAUGGGUUGGAGCUGAAAUAGGGAACACUAUUGAACGAUAUGAUCCCGAUGAAAACAAAUGGGAGGUUGUUGGCAACAUGGCUGUGUCACGCUACUACUUUGGGUGUUGUGAAAUGCAAGGUUUAAUUUACGUAAUUGGGGGUAUCAGUAAUGAAGGACUAGAGCUUCGUUCUUUUGAAGUUUAUGAUCCCCUUUCUAAGCGCUGGUCUCCGCUUCCUCCAAUGGGGACCAGGAGAGCCUAUCUUGGGGUGGCUGCGCUCAAUGACUGCAUCUAUUCUGUUGGAGGGUGGAAUGAGACACAAGAUGCUCUUCGUACUGUAGAAAAAUACUCCUUGGAAGAGGAGAAGUGGGUUGAAGUUGCUUCAAUGAAAGUGCCUAGGGCAGGCAUGUGUGUUGUGGCAGUCAAUGGUCUUCUCUAUGUUUCCGGAGGUCGGGCUUCCAGUCAUGAUUUCUUGGCCCCAGGCACCUUGGACUCAGUUGAAGUUUAUAACCCUCAUUCAGAUACUUGGACAGAAAUCGGUAACAUGAUCACCAGUCGCUGUGAAGGAGGUGUCGCUGUGCUAUGAAACAGAAAGCAAAAUGGAGCAUGACGAACAUUCGGCAGAUGCAGUAUUUUGCAAAUCAACCAUGUUUGGUAAUAGGACCUCCUGAUUCUAUUUGAGUUUUACAUGUAUUUGGUAGAUAAAUGACAAAAGAGUGAUUUUUUUUCCCUAAAAAUCAGAGGACCUAUGAAAUAUACCCUACAUUAAUAAAGAGGUCACACAAACUUGCCAGUCUUACAAACAAUAGACAUGACUUUUUGGACUAAUAAAUUUUCCAGCAGUCUUAUUUGUAAAAAUUAUUUGUUAAAGUCUGUGUGAGUAAUAUCCCCUUUUACAUAACUUAUAAAUGAUGUAGGAAUACAGUUUUCAAACUUCUGAUCAAUUUUCCAUGGUUAUGCUACUGAAAAUUUAGCCAGUGAAACAACUUAUUUUAUUUCAUGAUAGUUUUCACCAGGUACAGACUUUUUAUUGUUAGCAGAUAUACUUGUGGGAGCUGUGAGAAAUGUCUAGCUAUUUACAUAGAUGAGUUUUGCUUGUUUGUUACAGCCUGCAAAAAGCUUUUGUUCUCUUAUUUUUGUUUUGAUUUUGAGAAUUCAAGAAAAUAAUAAAGAGUAGUUUCUUAGUGACUUAAUUACAGUAGAAUGUUGUAAAGGGUGACAUAGCCCAGCAGGCUGUACUAAGCAUUUCGAAAUUUGCUUUUCAGAUAGUCACUAAAAUUAUCUGUAUGGUUUUAAGAGGACAUUUUAUUAGAUUAUCAUACUUUGUGAAAUUUACUUGAACCUGGGCAAGCUUGAAAACCAGUUUACUACAAUGCUAUUUUGUGGAUUGGAGGAGGCUGUUAUAAGAGCUUAUUGAAUAUCUCUAAUCCAAAAAUCUGAAAUGUGUAGGUUUUAAGUGUCAAUAUGAUAUCAGAGUUCAGAGCACUUCACUUGUUUAACCAGUGAGGUCUAUGCAGAUACUCCAAAAUUUGAAAAAUUACUUCAUAAAACUUCCCUUCCGCCCCCCCCCCACCUGCUCAGAAAAACUUUCCAUGUCUGAGAGAAAGAUCCAUCUUUUGUGUGUGACCACUAACUAUGAAUUAUUCGUACUGGCCAGUCACAGUGCAUGAAGGUUUAACUUGCUCACUUAAGAACUGAGUUCUCAUUUAUUUCAGUAUAUUGUUGGCAACAUCAGCAAUUUAGCUAGAAAAUCUUUAGAUAAAAUUGAUAACUCAGGUAGCAAUCAUAUCCAAAGGAUCUGGUUUGGCCCAUAAACUUUCAUAAAUUAUCAUUUACACGUAUUAGGAAAAACUUAUGUAGCACAGAAAGCAGGACUGCCCUGGAUGUUAAAAGGCCACUGAUACAUGCUUGGAAUCUGUUAAGAUGUCUGAUAAUGAACCAAUAAGAGAAUCUGUAGACAAUUUAAGCUCUCAUUUAUGUGCUUUUAAUAUUUCUAGUUAUAAUCUGUAUUUUGCUUCAAAACAGAUUUACAAAAUAUAAUUCCAUUCUCAUUAUCAUGCAGCACUAACCUAAAAAGGCACUGUGAAGAGAGCCAUUUUGCACUGCCAUGAAAGAAAUGUAAUGCCAAGACAAUCAAUGUUUGGGUUAAAUAAAUCCAGAUCUCAGUAUAUCCUAUGUAACGACUAAUGUUUUUAAAAGAAUGUAUUAAUAACAUAUCUGGAUUUUUUUUUACAAAGUAUUAUUGACUUAGUAUUAGCAGCAUCCCUGAAUUACCAAACUAUGGUAGGAUAUUGUAAAUUAUUGUGUGUGUGUGGUUUUUUUUGUUUGUUUUUACUGUAUAGUUUCUUUUAACUUUAGGAAAGUUUGUUUUUUUUUACAUUUAAUUCCAUUUUCUGAGCAACCAUUAGUGUCUGUUCUCAAGUAUGUGUGACAGUUCAGUGUUUCAAAAUUAUUUAAUCAAAUGAACUUGCACAUUCUGAAAAAAAUAUACCCUAUAAUUUACCUGCAAAAUAGCAGUAUUUCUUAUGAAACAGAGCAAUUGCCUAAAUAUGUACAUUUUCCCUAUUCUGAAAAAUAAUGCAUUUAAUUGAGAUCAGGAAAAUUAGAAACAAAUAAAUGAGUUUCCUUAACAAGAGUUAACCUGA